AUGAAGGCUCUCUUCAUGAAUAGUCAUGUCGCCAAGCUCAUCCUUGAACUUGAUCAGCACCCCCCACGCCGCUCCGCUGCAGCCCUCGCCGCUCGCCUCCUUCUGCAGCUUCCAUCCGUGAAGACCCCCGCGCCCACCGCCGCUCUGCCAGCAUCCCGACCGGUCACCGACGUUGUCCGCCGGACGCUGCUGUCUCGCCACGCCGACGCCGCCUGGAAGCCGAGGCCAGCCGCGACCGCCUCGCUCGAAGCCCCGCCGGUGUCCGUCCGAGCUCUCCCAUUCGUGCCGUGCCUACCCACGAUCCCGACGAGUUGUUGCUGCCCAACGGCUCCUCGGCCUCGCCUGAACCGCGAUCCACCUGCUAUUCGGAGCCGAAGCUCUACUACCGUCGAUCUGCCUGCAACUCGCGAAGCUGCUCCUGCUUCGCCGCACCUCCGCUGCUGCUGCGCCCUUGAUCGCCCGAGUACCAGCAGACCCCCGUCGCUCGAGUCGAGCCGCUCCACUCGCAGCUGCGAAGCCACCGAGCCGCACCAGUCGCCUCACCAGCACCGCCUCACACCGGUGACGCCGCUCGGACCUCCGCCUCAGCACCUCGCCUCCUGCCCGCUCGGUGGCCGAAGCGCGCCGCGCCUGAGCCCCACUCUGACAGCUCGCUCCGUCCGACGCCGCGCCGCCACGCUGCGAUCCCGCACCCCCUGUGCCGCUGCAAUCUCGCGCCUCUGCAACGCCCGAGUCAAUCCGCCUCGCUACGUCACCACCGAGGUUCCUUUGCCCGGGAGCUCGCGCGAUCCACCCACCACCCGACGAGCUGCUCCGAGCGACGCACGCCACAGCAACCGCCUGUCCGCCUUGCUCCGCCUCUGCCCGAGCCGAGUUGAGCCGUCGCCGUCCAGCUGCACCGGCGACUCACCUCGCCGGAACCCCGAACGCCGGCGAACCAAACCCCCUGCCCGGCAUUACUUGUAG